CAUUGUGGAGGCGAGAGGUCCGGGAUGUGACCCCGGCUCAAGCUGCAGCUGUAGCAUAGGCGGCUGCAGCUGCGGCGGUGGCUUCAGAGGCCCCGGGGUCCUUGCAGGUUGUGGAAGAGGACCCCGAUCCCCUUCUGCCUCAGGUCAUAAGAAGCUGGCCUUGGUGCAGUAAGGAACUUAAAACAAUGGAGGAGCGCAAAGUGAAGAGGAGGAGUCCUAAGUCUUUUAGUGCCCACUCUACUCAGGUUGUUAAUGCCAAAAAAAAUGCCAUUCCAGUUAGUAAAAGCACGGGGUUUUCAAAUCCUGCAUCACAGUCAACUUCACAGCGACCAAAGUUAAAAAGAGUGAUGAAAGAAAAGACCAAACCUCAGGGUGGAGAAGGCAAAGGCGCUCAGUCAAGCCCGAUCCAGCACUCCUUCCUCACCGAUGUCUCUGAUGUCCAGGAGAUGGAGAGGGGGCUCCUCAGCCUUUUGAAUGACUUCCACUCUGGAAAACUCCAAGCAUUCGGAAAUGAAUGUUCCAUUGAACAGAUGGAACAUGUUCGGGGAAUGCAGGAGAAAUUAGCUCGCUUGAAUUUGGAGCUCUAUGGGGAGUUAGAGGAACUUCCUGAGGAUAAGAGAAAAGCAGCCAGUGACGCCAAUCUGGAUAGGCUUCUGUCUGAUCUAGAAGAAUUGAAUUCUUCCAUACAGAAACUCCAUUUGGCAGAUGCACAAGAUGUUCCAAAUACUUCUGCCGGCUAAAAUGAAAUGCAGUCGCUUUCUCGUGGUUUGAAGAAAAGCAUCAUUCUUUACUCUUCUAGCUGAAUCCAGUAGCGGAAUCAUCUUCCACAAUAAGGAAUUAAUUAAAGUGCAAGUGCAGUGACUGCUUUCACAUGCUGCUUUCAGUGAACUCGACUUGCUAUAAUUCACCAUAACUGGAGGCCUCGGCCUUGUGGAAGGCGUAAUCAGGAAAUGUGAUACAGAGCUUUUGCUGCUAUGCUUUAUAUUGUUGCCUUACGGGUUAUACUUGAAAUGCACUGUGCUAAAUGUUGUUGAUGAUGGGGCUGAAGGAUUUAUCCUUCCUGAGCUCACCAAACUUAUUCCACUGUUGAUCAUAAGUUGAUGAUGCCCAGGCUUUUCGUGGGAGCCCAGCUUCAGUUUACGUUAGACAAUCAGUACACACGCCCGGUGUGUUUUCCAGUGGCCAGUGACAACAAAAUGUUAAAUGAGUAUUUGUGAAAUUUGCUAUUUUUAGUAAAGUGAUUGUUUUAAA